ACGUGUCUCUACAACAGCCCCAAAAUCACUCCCCCCCAGACAAACGUGUACGAAAAAGCCAUCACCAUUUCGUCGAUUGCGAUUAAACGCAGGCCAACGCUGCCGCAAACGCCAGCGAGUGCCCCACAGGUGUUGUCACCCAAACGACAGUGUGCCGCCGCGGUUUCGGUAAUACCAGCCAAUAGCGCCGUCGGUAAUCCAGUCGUUGCUGCUGCCGCCGCCGCCCAAUUAGCACCCCAAUUGCAAUACGCCACUGCACCAGCCACCGCUGCCGUUGCCCUGAAAGCCAAUCACCAUCACCAGUUGGCCUAUAAUACAGCUGCCGCUGCACAAUUGGCCGCAACAGCUGCCAUUAACGCUCACACCCAUUCACAUCACACCGCCCAACAGCAAGUGGCUGCUGCAGCAGCUGCGGCCGCUGCCCAACAUCAACGUAAUAUAAACGCUGCCGUUGCUGCCCAUCAGCAUAUACAGAAUUCAGCUGCUGCUGCGGCCCUCUUGAAUCAUCAUCAACAGCAGUUUGGUCAGGGAGCUGCCGCACAUUCGUUGUCAACACAGCAUCAGCAGCAACAACAACAACAACAGGUCGCUGCAGCUGCCGCGGCUGCAGCUGCUGCUGCACAUCAGCAACAUUUUGUAUUGCAACAUCAACAUCAGCAAAGUAUUUAUCAGCAGCAUCAACAACAACAGCAGCAACAACAACAAUUGAGACACUACAACAAUCAUCAUCAACACAAUCAUCACAACAGUAGCAACAACAACAACACAAACAGCAGCAGUAAUCAUCAUCAACAACAACAACUGAUUGCGGUGACAACACCUAACAACACCAACAGCAACACAAACCAACAACACCAAACCGUUACCAGCUCUACCAACACCUCCUCAGCUUGUACAUCACCCAAUAGCAACAACAGCAGCAACAACAACUUAGUCUAUACCUCGGCAGCAAAUACAGCAUUAACCGUUAAUACUUCAUUACAUUCCAACGACUCCAAUACAUCGGCAUCUUCAUCGAGCACCACCACACCCACACCAACAGCCGUAGCAACGGCCGCUGCCACUUCAUUGGCCGGUGAGAAUACGACAACUUCGUCGACAACAACAGUGAACGCUAACACAACCACCAACACCACUACAACAGCAGCAGCAGCAGGAACAACAACAAUGGAAAAUCAAAUGGCAUUGGCACCAUUAGGAUUAUCACAAAGCAUGGAUUCCGUAAAUACAGCAAGCAAUGAAGAAGAGGUUCGAACCCUUUUCGUUAGUGGUCUGCCCAUGGAUGCAAAACCACGUGAAUUGUAUUUGUUAUUCAGAGCUUAUGAGGGUUAUGAAGGAUCUCUAUUGAAAGUGACCAGCAAAAAUGGCAAGACUGCAUCGCCUGUUGGUUUUGUUACAUUCCAUACACGUGCGGGCGCUGAGGCCGCCAAACAAGAUUUACAGCAGGGUGUACGCUUCGAUCCCGAUAUGCCCCAAACAAUACGCUUGGAAUUCGCCAAGAGUAACACGAAAGUGAGCAAACCCAAACCACAGCCCAAUACAGCGACAACAGCCUCACAUCCUGCAUUGAUGCACCCACUCACUGGACAUUUGGGCGGUCCCUUCUUUCCGGGCGGACCCGAGCUAUGGCAUCAUCCGUUAGCCUAUUCGGCGGCAGCCGCUGAAUUGCCAGGAGCUGCGGCAUUGCAACAUGCCACUUUAGUACAUCCGGCACUGCAUCCACAAGUGCCAGUACGCUCUUAUCUUUGACUAAAUACAGAUAAAGUUAUGGAACAGCCAAUGCAUCAAACUCAAAUGACCAUGCCGCAACAUCAUCAAACAACCCAAGCUAUACAUCCAUCUAUGCAUAUGUCGGCUGCUGCCGCCGCUGCAGCAGCUGCUGCCGGUUUGGCACCUGGGGCCGCAGCUACCGGGCCAUCAGGUGGCGCCCCACCCUCGGGUGGACCACACGCACAUCAUCCUUUUUUAUCAAGUCCCGCUCUAGCGAGCCCAGUUGGUUCUACAAAUAAUGCAACGCAUCCGAAUAAUCCACCUUUGGCUGCCAAUGCACCAUGUUCGACAUUGUUUGUAGCCAAUUUGGGCCAGUUUGUGUCCGAGCAUGAACUGAAAGAAGUUUUCUCUAGUAUGCCUGGCUUUUGUCGCCUACGAAUGCACACAAAAGCAAUGGCCUCACCCUCGUCAUCAUCACUGUCCUCCCAGUCGUCGUCAUCGUUGUCCGGCAAUGCAAAUCAUCCGGUGGCAUUUAUCGAAUUCAAAGAUGCCGCCAGUGCUGCCACGGCCAUGCAACAGUUGCAGGGUAAAUAUUUGCUCUCAUCGGACCGUGGUUCCAUACGCAUUGAAUUUGCCAAAAGCAAAAUGAUUAAUGAUGGUGGCGGCUCUGGCUCCAGCUCCAGUGGACAACAUCAGCAACACCACCAACACAAUGUAAAUGUCAGUCAGGCCAACAAAAUUUUAAAUAAUAUCAGCAGCAUGAAUGCUUCGGCCCCACCACCACCACCACAAGCACCACCUACCAUGACUCUAAUAAAUCCCCAAGGCUCGGCAAUGCUAACACCAUCUGCCGGUGCCCCCGGUCCACAGUUGGUAAUUUUGAAUGGUUAUGGCAAUCCGGCUGGUUUUGCAACAGCUGGCCCAGCAACACAUCAGAUUAUGUUGCCGCCACCACCACCACCUGUUAGUGCGGCCACAGGUCAGGCCAUGGCAACACCACACUAUAUAAAUUGUGGCAACCAACAGCAGCAGCAGGCACAGCAACAGUUUCCACAGCAUAAUGUUGCCACGGCCAUAACAAUGCAGUUUAAUAAUCAACUCCACCCCCACCAUCAUCCGGCUAACAACUGCAACAGCAACAACAACUGCAACAACAUCAAUAAUAAUAGUAUUGCAACUAAUACCAUUGUUAAUAGUAAUCGUUCAAGUGCACAACCACCAGCACCACUACUACCACCAAUACCACAACCACCACCAACACCAUUGCAACCACAGCCAACAACUGUCGUUGUCAAUUCACUACAGCACCAACUUCAUCCAAUACCGCACCAAAAUCAUCUCUUUAGAGACAGGAGCGGGUAUGGAAUCAAGGCAUGAUUUACUUAGUAAAAAACUCGAACGUGAAAUGCAGCCACAUCAACAGCAACAACAACAGCAACAUCCACAACACCAUCAUCAACAGCAUCAGCAAUUUCUAAUGACAACACCAACUUGACCCAUUACAACAACAGC